AUAAACAAAAUCACACAGGCAAAAUGCCCUACACGUGCGACCAGUGUGACUACAGUUCGCUGAGGAAAGUAGACCUUGCCUUGCAUAAGAAAAGACAUGCCGGUGACAUGCCCUACAAGUGUGAUCAAUGUAGCUAUAGAACUGCCAGAAAACACGAUCUACCUAGGCAUAAGAGAACCCAUGCUACAACUAAAAUUAGUAAAAGGUCAGCUGAGAAAUUGAAGCCAGUUAAAGAGAAGAAAGUCCCUAAACCCGACAAAUCUUUUAAGUGUACAGAAUGCAGCUAUACCACAAAAAGGAGACUAGAAAUGGCCAGGCAUGAAUUCCAACACACAGGCAAGAAGCCUUACAAUUGUGAUAAAUGUAGCUAUGGAUCUCUUAGAAAACAGGACCUGGAAAGACAUGAACAAUUAACCCACGCUACCAAAGACAGUACAACCGAGGAAUUCUUCACGUGUACAGAAUGCAGCUAUAGCACACGUAGGAAAAGAGAACUGGAGUUGCAUUUCACUAAACACACAGGCAACGAGCCCUUCAAGUGUGACCAGUGUGACUAUGCUACACUGAGAAAAUCGGACCUCAACUUCCACAAAAUAAAACACACUGGGAACAUGCCCUACAACUGUAAUGAAUGCGACUAUGGAACGCCUCGGAAGUCAGACUUACAGAAGCAUUUGAGAACCCAUACAGGGGAAAAACCCUUCAAAUGUGCGUUCUGCGACUUCAGAGCGGCUAUGAAGUGUAAUGUUAACACACAUCAACGGAAAGUUCACAAAGACGGCCGCGUGGUCAAGGAUCUCACUACUGCUGCAUCUGAUCAGAACCCAAAUGAAGAGAAUGUUGACAGACCUUACAAGUGUAAAGAGUGUGUCUACAGCACAGCAAGUAAAACAGACCUUGUUGCACACAUUAUUAACCACGGAAGUAGUACACCCAAUGAGUCUGGGCCAGAGAAAGACACCCUCAUGGAAGAAAUCGAAACCAAGAACAGCUCCAAAGCUGAUGCCGACAACGGAUUGACAGAUAAAAACGAUGGCACCGAAGAUACAGAAGAUGUAAACUCACAAAAAGAUGAUCACGAAACACAAGAGUCAAACACAAGCGAAAGCAACACAGAGACUACUGAGCCAAGACUUGCAAACCUUGCCUUACUUGAGUCCUUACAGAAAGAAAUAUCUCAAGAAACCAACUCAAGCAAGGCUGCUGAAGAUGGCAAAUCCAUGGAUGAAGAUUUAAGUAGUGUGAGUUUGGAAGAAGAAAUCACAGUCUACAGCUUACCCUACAAGUGUGAGGAGUGCAGCUUCAGUACACAAGGAAAAGAGAGUUUGACAGGCACCAGCGUGUCGAGCACGCUUCCAAUAUGCGCUUUAAGUGUGACGCGUGUGACUAUGGGGCUACGAAAAAAUCUGACCUGGUCAAGCAUAUGAUAACAGCACACGCCGGUGAC